UUAUAUGUAAGUGUCUCAACUUCAUUAAUUAUUAUUAUGUACACUGUACAGUACAUCCAUUGUUUGAAUUCCUCCACCUCUGCAUAAUCCUCCAUUGAUGAUUAUUGCUUCAUUAAUUAAAGCUUCAUAAUUUAACAUAUAUUAUUGUUAUUAUUAUUAUUUUAUUCGAGUUUUAACUCUUCUGACCAAAUCAGAACUACCCUUUUCCACCCUUUUUUUUUUCUUGAUGUGACCAAAUUUAACCAUAUAAUUGAACUCAAAAGGGGAAGAUUAACCCAAAAAAAAGUCAAGAUUUUUGAGGUUGAAAUUAUCAAUCUUGCAAUGCCUUCAAGACCCAUUUCCCCAGAUGAAGAAGGGAGUUCAAAUAUAAGAUCUAAAGUUGUUAUUCUUGCAAUUACAAUCUCAGCUGCGGGGAUUUUUUUGAUGACAAUAAUCUACAUCUUAUAUUAUACAUGGGAUUUCUUGUUUCGUCGUUCAAGAACUAACCCAUAUGAUACAGCAACACCUAGUUUGAAGCUCAAGAAAUUCAGCUACAAAGAGCUGAAAUCUGCCACAAAUGAAUUCAACCCAGAUAACUCAAUUGGUAAAGGAGGUUUUGGGACCGUUUUUCGAGGGAUUUUAAGAGAUGGGAAAUCUGUGGCAAUCAAGAGACUUGAUGCUGCAUCUUCUUUACAAGCAGAGAGGGAGUUUCAAAGUGAGCUUACAAUACUUGGUUCUAUUAGAUCACCUCAUAUAGUUGCAUUGUUGGGGUAUUGUAUUGAGAAGAAUAAGAGGGUUUUGGUUUAUGAGUAUAUGCCGAAUCGUAGUUUGCAGGACUUGUUGUUUAGUGAUGAGAAUGUGAGUUUAGGGUGUAUGAAUUGGGAGAGGAGGUUUGAGGUGAUUCAAGAUGUGGUUAGAGCACUUGAGUUUCUGCAUAAUGAAUGUGACCCUCCUGUGAUUCAUGGUGAUAUUAAGCCUAGUAAUGUGUUGCUUGAUUGGGAUUUCAAGGCCAAGAUAUCGGAUUUUGGGUUGUCGAGGGUUAAGGUGGAGGAUGAAGUUGGGAUUGAUUUGUUUAGUCAGGAAUUGGGGAAGAGUCAAGAAUUGUGGAAGAGUCAAGACCUUUCUGGGAAUUUGAAUGGAGAAACCACUCCUACAGUUGGAACUCCUCCAAUUGAAGGUCAAUGUAGUAGUGGUGAGGUUGAUUUUGCUUUGGCUUUGCAAGCAUCUACCUCGUGUAAGAACAGCAAUGGAUUUCAUAACAUGAACGGUGUUAAUAAUGGGAGUUCAUUGACCUAUAACGGUAGUAGCAAAGCUAGUCCGAAAGGGAAAGAAGUUAUGGUGGUGGAAGACAUUGUUAGUUCAUUCGAUCAGGAGCUUUCAAGUGUUGAGCACAGUAAGGAGCUUGCUAUGGAUGAUGCUGGAGAAGGAAAAGAAUUGGGGAAAGAUUGGUGGUGGAAACAGGACGACGCUGGUGAAGUGUGCAGCCAAGAUUAUGUUAAUGAAUGGAUUGGCACCCAAAUUGGUGCUUCAACGAAUCGAGAUUGGGAAAAUAUGUGCUCGCCGAUGGAGUCCAACUUAGGUACUUCACCUCAGUUGGAUAAAGUAGUAGAUAAACUAAAAGAAGAGAAACAAGAGCUUGGUUGCCCUGAUGAAAAGGGGUUGGAGCUCAAGGACAAAAGCAUUCAAAAGAGCAGACCAAGGAAAAUGCUAGAUUGGUGGAAAGAAGAAAAACUUGAUGAAAUGAGCAAAAAAGGAACUAAGCGGAAGACCCUCAAAAGGAAGAUGAGGAAGUCCAUUAGAGUGCCUCAUUUUGGCUUAGGUCGAAAAUUUUGCAUCCUUAGCCGAAGAAAAACAAGGGAGCCAGAGCUUAACCAGGAAAACAACAACCCAAAACACGAGUUUAGUUUCAAGAGGGGUUGGAGGAGAAAGAAUUCACGUUCGAUGGGAAGUGAGAUGAGUGGAGAAUUGUUCAGUAGGGACUUAAGCACUACAACAAGCAUGAGAGGGACAUUGUGCUAUAUAGCCCCAGAAUAUGGAGGAUGUGGUUACUUGAUGGAGAAGGGUGAUAUAUACAGCCUCGGUGUUCUUAUCCUAGUAAUAAUAUCUGGUAGAAGGCCGUUACAUGUUCUAAAUUCGCCUAUGAAGUUUGAGAAAGCAAACUUGGUAAGUUGGUGUAGGCAUUUAGCUCAAGUUGGAAAUGUUUUAGAACUUGUAGAUGAGAGACUGAAAGAUGCAUACAAUAAGGAGCAAGUGACAUUGUGUAUCCAUGUGGGAUUGGCUUGUUUGCAGAGAUUGCCGGAAUUGCGGCCAGAUGUUGUAGACAUUUUAAGGAUUUUGAGAGGGGAAAUGGAUCUUCCGCCAUUGCCAUUCGAGUUUUCUCCCUCUCCACCUUCUAGAUUUUACAGCCGGUCGAGGAGAAGACAGUCAGAGUAACAUCUUAAUUUGAAUUUAUUUCAUAAUCAUGUUGCAUGUAAAAUAUAAAAGGUGAUUGAAUCAUCACUAAGGAAUGACUUGCUUUUGGAUAGAGUAGAGUUCCUGCGUGCUAAAAUGGUGUAAGGUUGAUUUAUCUGUACAUCUUUUUUCUUAUUUGUAUUUUUCUUUCAUUUGGCCUUUUCUAGCGGGCUGGAGAAAUUGUACAUGUAAACCGUGGAAGUUUUUUCUAUGUCAUGAACCUCAAACUUACAAUA